AGAAUAUUUCUUUCAACAGCAUCAGUUUUACUGAUUUCUCAGUGCAGAGAAAAAUAAAUUAAAAUGUCAAAUAUAUUAUUAUUAAUUGUUGUUGGUGUUAGUUGUGCAUAUGCAUAUCCUGCAACGACUCAAGAUGGAACAGUUAUUGUUGAUUUGAGUCCAGUUAAUUUUGUGAGACCAACGAGAUCAGCAGAUCCAGGUCAUCAUCAUCAUCAUCAUGGUGGUGAUUAUGAUGACCAUUAUCAUGGACAUGAUGAUUACCAUCACCAUCAUGAUGACCAUUAUCAUCAUCACGAUCAUGGACAUUAUCAUGGCUAUGGUGGACACAAUAAUGGCUAUGGUGGAUAUGGACAAAAUGGUUAUGGAAAUUACGGUCAAGGAUAUGGUGGAUAUGGCAAUUACGGUCAACCUAAUUAUGGCGGAUUUUUUCAUGGAUUAUUCGGUUAAAUGACAAUACGUCAAAAUAACAGCUUUAUUUAUUUAUAAAUAUUAAUGUUAUUUAAUAAAUGUAUGAGCAUAAUACAUUUUUAAAUAUUAUUAUUAUUUUUUUAGUUUGUAAUAAAUUAAAAUAUUUAAAAAAAAUAAUAAUAUGUACGUUGAGAUUUUUUAUGAGGAGAAUUAUUUUUAUUAAAUAAAAAAAAAAUGAAGAAA